UCUGGAUCAGUACCAACUCUCCUCGGCUCAGCUACAAACCUCGACAAACCCAGCUCAUCAAGUGCUUCCAUUCAGCAGCUUCUCUCAAGGGAUGUUGCCUGCCAGACAGAACACCUGGAAACGCAUACUUCAGCAGACCCCCGACACCAUUUCAAUCAAGGUUGAAGAGGAUAUUGGUGGAGGCUUGCCCGCCGUAGAAGACAAUGUCAUCAGAGACUGCAGCACGCAGCGCGGCGUCACCUCAGAGAGUCUGCGUGUGGACGCCCCUGGCUCCUCCCACAUGUCGGGUCACAGCGGGGAGCUGCGCAUCCUGAGCGUCUACGGACAAGGGGAGGGCCCUCUGGCGGUGGACGGUCAUGACACCCUCUUUGCCGCGUCAGAACUGGAGGUCUUGAGCUCGCUGUCUGCUGACCACAGCGUGGCCAAGAGCCUGAACUGCAGCGUACGGCUCGUCCGCCUUGAGGAGCUGACUGGGCAUCAGGGCGGCCGCAAGGGCCGGCCCGGUGUCUUGUGUGGAAAGGUUGUUCCCAACAAUGCCAAUAUGAUUGUCCACAUGAGGACUCACUCUGGGGAGAAGCCCUACAAGUGUGACCAAUGCACGAAGCGGUUCAGUCUGAAAGGCACCCUGAAUAGACACAUGAUGAAUCACUCUGGAAAAAUCACCAGGAAAUCUGCAGCUGCACAUAGACACUAUCUACUCUGUCCAGUUUGUUUGAGGACCCAAGAGUCUCUAUCCUGUCACCUGCGCAGAGUCUGCAUGAAGGAUAAGACACCACCACAGAUCCUAGAGGUGGUUGAAAAGGCCAAGAAAGAUGUGUGUGACCUCCUGAAGAAUGGACGGGCUUUUAGUUAUGCAGUCCUGAAGCAAAUCGUCUCAUCACCAAAUCCACUCGAAGGAUUGAUUGAGGAGCUGAAAUACCAUCACUUGUUUGUGACAGGAGUCCCUCCUCCUCUGCCCAUUGGUAAUCCAAGGUUGGUCACCGAAACCCUUUCUGAAUGCCCUGGGGAGGCACCCGGAGAGACAGAGCCAUCUGUUGUGGAAUCUUGCGGCAGCGAUGAGCUUUUUCAAUGUAGACAAGAGAAAACGUAUACCAAAGACAAAAUGGUGAAAGCGAAGGAUUUAGGCAUUUUGAAAAAGCAUUCAGCAGAUCAUCCAUUGCUCAAGCGCUUUGCCGACUACCUAAAGAAUGAUUACGAAAAUGCAAAGUACCAACAGGAGGUUGACACUGUUUCCCGGUACCUGUAUUUUGCUGAUCCUACGGAACCAUCUUUGAAGUUUGUCAAUGACAGAGAGAAGCUCAGAGACUUCCUGGGUCAACAGGCUAAGGCAGGGUAUAAGGCACAAACAUCAGGAAAUUACAUCAAGUGCUUGAAAAGGUUCUUGGAGUUCCACUUGACAAGGACCGGCUUGAGACAGGAUGACAGGGAGCUCUAUAGGCAGUGCACAUUAUAUUUGAGUUUUUUAACUUCUUCACAGAGUGUCCUCUCUAAGCAAGCGAGCAAAGAAAUUGUGCAAAAGAGGCAUGCCUUGUUGUUUGACAAAAGUCAACCCACACCUCGUGAAUGCUUGGCUGUUCUUGAUAAAGGUGAAGGUGACUUAGUGAAAAUCAUGAAUCAACUUGAUGACAGUUCUUCUUCCUCCCUGAGUAGGACUGAGUGCAUAUUUGUGCUAUACUAUCUUGAGGCAAUUGUCAUACUAAGACACUGCCAACGGCCAUGUGUGGUGCAGAGCAUGAAGGUCAAGGAAUGGCUUGAACGGAAACACGCAGAUGAUGAUUCAAUCGUUUUUGUAAAGGACCACAAGACGGCUGCACAUUUUGUGGUCUCAAUUGUCCUGUCCAAGAAGGAGGAGGCGUGGUUUGAGAAAUAUUACACCAAAGUGCGGCCACAGCUACUUGCUGGCGAAAGGAAACGUAAGCGAGAUGAGCAGGAUGAGAAGGAUGGAGAUGAUUUUUUCUUUGUGUCCUCCCGCGGUAAGCCAAUUUACAAUGCAGCUGGUGAUCUGAUAAAGCUCCAGCAAAAGUGCAACGUCCCCCAGGUGAGCAGCCAGGUUGUACGGAGGGUAUUUGAGACAGCAGCUAACCGCCUGGAUGACCCUCAGAAGAAAGCAGUUUCUGACUACCUGGCCCAUUCUGGCACAACAGCUGACAGACAUUACAGGAUGAAAUCUCUUGAAUCCAUUGUGAUGGCUGCUGGUCUGCUGAAGAAAUUACAGAAGCAGAAGAAGUCAAGUGCUGGGCCUUCCGGAGAAGGGACCCGUCAAGAGGCUCUUGGAGAAGGGACCAGCCCUCAGUCAGUGGAGUCUUCCAGCCAUGGUGACCAUUGUGCUCUCCCUCAGCCUUCCUUGAGACAGCUAGUGAUCGAUUUAGAGAGGAUUCCUGAGGGAAAUGACAAAGUCAAAUUCCACGAGGCAUUCAAGUCCCUCUUGGAAAACCACCCUGUGACACUGAGUGGUCAAAUCCCAAAAGUGAGAAUCCGCAGGGACACCUCGGAGGCCAAUCAGCGGAAGCUUUACACACACUGGGCGCAAAAGCAAUUAGAAAUGCGUGUAAAACACACCCGUGAACAAUUCAAUCGGAGGAGGCCAACGAAAGAGCGUGUCGACACAUGGGUCAAAAAGCAGGGAUGGAAGUGCAAGGCUGCCAACAUCAGCACUGAGGUUGUGGAGAACUGGGCACCAUCUGGAUCUGAGGACCGCAUCAUGGACAACAAACGGAUCCAGUCAUUGGUGAAAACACAAGACUGGAAAGGACUGCACAUCACACAGUUUGAAGAGAAGGGCGAUGGGAUCAUUACAACCCGCACUUUUAAGAAAGGCCAGGUUGUAUGUGAUUAUCAUGGGCCUGUUGUUAGUGGAAAGGAGGGCGAGAACGUACACAAAAACACAACUGGAAAGGAGACUGGAUAUAUCUUCUUUUUCCGGAACAGUAAAGGACAGCCAAUGUGCAUUGAUGCCCACUCAGACAGGUGUCAUUGCCACCCUGACAAGAGAACAUUUGGCAGGCUGGUGAAUCAUUCCAAAAAGAACUCGAACAUCAAGCCCCUGCACUGUGUGGUGGACAAGCAUGGAGAAAUGAAGGAUGUGAUCCUUUUCAUUGCAACCAAGGACUUGCCAGUGGGUGAGGAAGUUCUGUUUGACUAUUGAGUCAACAAAAAAUCUUUUAACAAUGAGGGGUCGGACCUUGACUGGCUCUAGCAGGGCAUCAGCCUUCAGAGACACAUAUGACAUGUCCCUGGUUGGUGAAAUGUUUCAUCUGUGUGUUUGUUUGUGCUGAUGGCUCUUUAAAGGAUAUGGAUGAGGACUCCAAAAUCGUACCAUGACCCGUUUGGUGAGAUGUUUCAUAUGUUUUUUAGUGGAUCAAUUCUUGGCAUGUAUGGAUAAACUUUCUGAAUAUGAUGCGUGGCCUUUGACCUUUGGGGGGGUGGUGGGGCGGCGGGUGACUCCUAAAGCUUAGAGGGCAUCAGCCUUCAGAGACACAUAUGACAUGUCCCUGUUUGGUGAAAUGUUUCAUCUGUGUGUUUGUUUGUGCUGAUGGCUCUUUAAAGGAUAGGGAUGAGGACUCCAAAAGCGGGAAAUUACCCAUUUUGGUGAAAUGUUUCAUAUGUGUUUUUUAGUGCUGAUUUUUGUUUUUGUUGUGUAGCUGUUUUGCAACUUGUUCUAGCUUGUGUAACUUAAAUUGAGGUUCUGUGGUGAUAUCCUGUUUCUUAUCUUUAGAGAUAUAUCAAUAAGAAAUCUUAUUCAUUCUAGAGGACUGCUGAGGUUUCUCUCAUUUUGGUAAACUUCAACACACUUGCAGACUUUUUCCCUUUUUUUCCAAAGACAGAGAUACACUUUCAAGAUAUUUUAUUAACAUUUGCACUUCACAUUUUGAUUCAUCAUUUCAAUCACACAUUCCCCAAGGUCUGGAAAAGAUAAUAAUUGUGUCUGUACAUAAAUGGAUGCAUUUCAUUCACACACAGAGCAACUGUAGGACUGCAAUGCAGUUUUGCAUAAUUUCUUCGAGUGAAACCAGCCCUGCCCUUCUUCAAUGCAGCAUGUAGUGAAUGGACUGAGGAUACCAUUGAAGUUAUUGCUAGACAUUUUGAAGUUGUAUUGGCAGAUUUCAAAUUCAGUGGCGAUACCAAAAACUGGGAGGAGGCUUGGACUAUGGCAGUGAAGUGGGUGAGUCAAGAGUUGGUUGAACUGCAUUGAUGCGGCAGACAGAGCUAAAGUGAUGAUUCAGGAGAAAUUUGAGAAAUUGUAUAGAGAUAAAGCCUUGUUUACAAGACAUGAGCAUUUCAAUGACAAAUUUGGAAAUUGGAAGCUAAGCAUCCAGAGACCAGUAUUGAUCAUUGGAGAUUCAAAUAUGUCAAAGCUAUCAAAAUGUAAUGAUGAGAGAGUACAGAUAGAUUCUUAUCCAGGUGCCAAAUUUAGCCAUGCCUUGCACAUGUUGAAGAAAACAGAGAAAACAGAUACUGGCCUGAAAGUAAUUCUUUCAUUUGGAAUUAAUCAUGCAGACGGCUACAAAUUAGAGCAGGUAAAGAAAGAUUUGGAAAACAUUUUUAAAGUUGCACAAGAAAGAUUUCCAAAGGCUGUCGUAGUUAUGCCGUUGAUCUCUUUCUCAAAACAUCUUCCCAGCCAUAAGAAACGAGUGCUCUCUUGUAUUAACUCAUGGAUUGAGCAGUAUCCACAUCUUUCUAACAUACCUGAGUAAAUGUUUAAAACUAGCGUGAAUGAUCAUAUACAUUGGUCUCCACAAACAGCAAAACACAUCCUCUCUGACUGGAGAACACAGUUUAACUUUUAAUUAUCAGUGCUAGAAUAUAUACUGGUCCAGGCCAAGGAUCAAUUCUUGGCAUGUAUGGAUAAACUGUCUGAAUAUGAUGCUGACUAAUUGUAUUCUGCAAAUAAAAUUCUUGUGUUGUACUACCUUGAAGCUAUUGUGAUUCUAGGACACGUUCAAAGGCCGAGCGUGGUGCAGACAUGACUGUGAGGACAGCAGAUGUGAUUGCCACACCAAACAGCCGCCGGGCAAGUUGAUCAAGUACUCCAAAAAUAACUCAAACGUAAAGCCCCAACAUUGCAGUUUGGUAUUGAAUGGAGAAAUAGGCAUGUGACUCUUUUUCUUGCAACCAGGACUAUAUCUCCAGAUGAAGAGGUGUUGCUCCCUCUUAGUGUCAAAUUAACUCUUUGAAGGACUCCUAAAGCUUACAGGGCAUCUGCCUUCAGAGACACAUAUGACAUGUCCCUGUUUGGUGAAAUGUUUCAUCUGUGUCUUUGUUUGUGCUGAUGGCUCUUUAAAGUAUAGGGAUGAGGACUCCAAAAGCGUGAAAUGACCCAUUUUGGUGAAAUGUUUCAUAUGUGUUUUUUAGUGCUGAUUUUUGUUUUUGUUGUGUAGCUGUUUUGCAACUUUGUCUAGCUUGUGUAACUUAAAUUGAGGUUCUGUGGUGAUUUACAUGGUUUUAAAUUGUACAAUUGUGAUAAAUGUGUUUUCUUCAAAUAAAAGCAGAUUUGAUGGUGUAUUUUCACCAAGUGUGUGUUUGAGUGGUAAUCUGGGGACAAAACCAUGUUAAAAGAGACAGCUGACCAAUAUUGGGUCGUCACAUGAAGGGAAAUCUGAGUGUAACUACUUUUUAAGUAGAGAGAUAUAUGAAAUAAUUAUUUAAUCUACUUGUAUUUCAAAUUCGAGAGAGAGAGAUUACAUUUUUAAAGUCGCACAAGCAAGAUUUCUUUUGCAGAGUGU